AUGGCUGGGCUUCGCAGAUCCAAGCGACUGGAGUCUGGCUUUCAGCCUGACCAAGACAAAGUCACCAAGAUCGCAAGGGUGUCAAAAGAUCAGGAAAAGGCGGUUACAGGGAAGAAUAAGAAGACUGGGGAGAGCGCCAUGGAAGGACCUUCGGGACCAUGCGUCGACACAGCAUCGCUGGAGAAUGCACCGCCAAAGGAUGCAUCGCCGAACCGUGCUUCGGAACAACAGCCGGACGAAGAAUUUCUGCCAGCAGUGUCGAAGGAACUACAGGCCAGAGUUCGAUUACCUAUGGAUAAGUUCAAGAGCCUAUUCAAGGAUAAGGAAGAGGGUUUUGCAGAUUUUCGACGGGCUAUUCAGACGUCCAUUGGGUUGGAUGAUCAACAAGUUUACCUUUACCGUAAGUGGAAGGAACUUGGUAACCAGAUUCAGGCUGUCUCAGGGGCAGCUGGUUUCAGCGACCGCUCCUGGGAUGAUCUUGAUGAGGCCGCUCAGCAGAGGUUCAUUGGAUAUUCGCCUCAUGCCCAACAGCUCUUUGAGGACUCUUUCUCACGUGAGCAUAUAUUUAGCCGUUGGAUCUGGGAGAUCGUUGAUGAGAACUUUUUCGCUGGAAAGAGUCGGGACAUUGAGUGGAAUUCGCCCUAUUGGGAAGCUCAAGCCACGAUGGAGCGCAUCUUACGGGAGAAGAAUUUCGACUACGACGAAAAGACCCGGAGUAUCAAGUAUCCCAACUGGCGAUACACCACAAUCGAUCUCUACUACACCCUUGAAGGAGUGAGCAGUUUUGACCUUAGGAUUGAGCCGGGAUGCGUGGUCAAGAUCUUGAAGAAAGCGCUUGGCCAAUACCUCCCUGAUAACCCUGGCCCCUGGCUCAAACAGAUGCUCUCACAGCUCGCAGAAACGGUAGCCAAGUUCGAGCUCUGGUUCGACUGUGGUCGUGAGACUCUUCGGCUUGUCUUUGAUCACCCCGAGGAUAAGGAGCCAUCUGGAUUUCCAUUUUCACCCAGAGCCAAGGGAUUCAACGCUAGAAAAAUGAUGGAAAGAGUUGACGGCUUCGAUGCCAUGUACGAGGGUCAGCUUGUCGACCUAGUUGUGUCGCCUAUACUGAUGGGCUAUGGGACUCCCCAUGGAUAUGAUUACGACGUUCGGUCUGUCUUAUUUCCUAUGCAAGUGUGUGUUGGAUACCUUGGCGGCUGUGAGCAGGACGAGGUGGUUGAGACGGAGGAGGAUGGAGAGGGGGACGGAGAAGAGGAGGAGAAGAUCAUCAAGGAUAAAGAGGGUGGCACAAAUUAUGAGGAUGAGAAGAAGAGCGAGGACGAGGAGUAA